GAGUUUCCUCAGAGACCAGGUCCAGGUCCAGGUCUGCCUGAGGCCAGUUUCAGUUCCUGUUAAUGACAAACUGCAGUUUGAACAUUAUCAUGACCUUCAGACCAGAGGGGGUGGAGUCUGCAGGUGAAAUAGGAAACAGGUGUGUCAGACUCCCAUCACGCACUCUGUCUGAUCUGAGGGUCUGUGGUUGUGGUUCUGGUUCAGAGGCCGGGUGGUUCUGGGUGUCAUCGUAGAUCCCGGUUUUAAAAACAGACACAGUUUAAACUGAGUCUCUUGAAGAGGUCAAAGGUCACAGUGACUUCACUGUAAAAUAUUCAAACUCAGUUUACGUCUGUUCACUGACGUGUGGUUAAUAAUUAAAAUGAACUCCUGCUGCGAUCCUGUGUCCUGACACCAGGGGGCAGCAGAGCUCCACCUGUGCUUCAUUUAGAGACUCCAUUACCCAGAGUUCCACAGGCAGGGGGAGGAGGCAGGGCUUUACCUGCCCACACCUGCAGAGACUUGAGAGGCUGAAGAGUGAAGGAAGAAAAACUGACGGAAACACAGAGGAAAAUGUCUAGAGCUCCAGAAUCAGCCUGAGUCCUCAAAACUGAACCCAUCUGAUCCGGACUCAACUCAUCCAGGUCCAGUCUGAGUCCACCUGGAUCCACCUGAGACCAGACCAAGAUUUCUCAACUUUUGGCAGAAGCAGGAAGUGAAGGCAGCAGCAGACAUGGGCAGUAAGGAGCGUUACCAUUGGCAGGCUCAGAAUGUGAAGGUGAGCGGGGUGGAUGACAUGGUGCUGCUGUCCAAGAUCAACGAGGACGCCAUCACAGACAACCUGAAGAAAAGAUACAUGGACGACUACAUCUUUACCUACAUCGGUCCAGUCCUGAUCUCAGUGAAUCCGUUCAAACAGCUUCCAUAUUUCACAGACAGAGAGGUGGAGCUGUACCAGGGAGCGGCCCAGUAUGAGAACCCCCCUCACAUCUACGCUCUGGCUGACAACAUGUACAGGAACAUGAUGAUUGACAGCGAGAACCAGUGUGUCAUCAUCAGUGGUGAGAGCGGAGCUGGAAAAACAGUUGCAGCCAAAUACAUCAUGAGCUACGUGUCCAAGGUGUCAGGAGGAGGAGACAAAGUACAGCAUGUUAAAGACAUCAUCCUUCAGUCCAACCCUCUGCUCGAGGCGUUCGGUAACGCCAAGACUGUCCGCAACAACAACUCCAGCAGAUUUGGUAAAUACUUUGAGAUCCAGUUCAGUCGAGGAGGAGCUCCUGAUGGAGGGAAAAUAUCCAACUUCCUGUUGGAGAAAAGUCGAGUUGUUUCACAAAAUCCUGGAGAGAGAAACUUCCACAUCUACUACCAGCUGUUGGCGGGGGCAAGCGGGGAGCAGAGGGAGAACCUUGGGGUCACGACCCCUGACUACUACUACUACCUCAACCAAUCAGGAACCUACACAGUGGAGGAUGUCAACGACAAGAAGGAGUUCUCUGAUACUAUGGGAGCGAUGUCAGUAGUGGGUCUGUCUGUGGAGGAUCAGGAUUCAGUUCUUCAGCUCGUCGCAGGAAUUCUCCACCUGGGAAACAUCAGCUUUAGAGAGGAGAACAACUACGCUGUGGUCGAAAGCCAGGACUUCCUGGCCUUCCCGGCCUUCCUGUUGGGGAUCCCUCAGGACGGUCUCUGCAGUAAAUUGACCAGCAGGAUCAUGGACAGUAAGUGGGGCGGGAAGACCGAGUCCAUCUCCGUCACCCUGAACACGGAGCAGGCCUGUUUCUCCAGAGAUGCCCUGUCCAAAGCUUUGUACGCCCGACUCUUUGACUUCCUCGUCGAUUGUAUUAAUAAAGCCAUGCAGAAGGACCAGGAGGAGUUCAACAUCGGCGUCCUCGACAUCUACGGCUUCGAGAUCUUCCAGCAAAACGGCUUUGAACAGUUCUGCAUUAAUUUCGUCAACGAAAAGCUGCAGCAGAUUUUUAUUGAACUCACACUAAAGGCAGAACAGGAAGAAUAUGUUCAGGAGGGAAUCAAAUGGACGCCCAUCGAGUAUUUUAACAAUAAGGUGGUCUGUGACCUCAUCGAGUCCAAACUGAAUCCACCUGGGAUCAUGAGUAUCCUGGAUGAUGUUUGUGCUACAAUGCACGCUAAAGGUGAGGGAGCAGAUCAAACUCUGCUGCAGAAACUCCAGGGACAGAUCGGAUCUCACGAACACUUCAGCAGCUGGAACAGAGGAUUCAUCGUCCACCACUACGCCGGGAAGGUGUCGUAUGAUGUCAGCGGUUUCUGUGAGAGGAACAGAGAUGUGUUGUUUAACGACAUCAUUGAGCUGAUGCAGGGCAGCGAAUUUCCGUUCAUCAGAGCGCUGUUCCCUGAGAACCUGGAGGCGGAGAAGAGAGGGCGUCCGUCCACCGCCAGCAGUAAGAUCAAGAAACAAGCAAACAGUCUGGUCCAGACCCUGAUGAAGUGCACCCCCCACUACAUCCGCUGCAUCAAACCCAACGAGACCAAAAAGCCUCGGGACUGGGAGGAGAACCGGGUUCGACAUCAAGUGGAGUAUCUGGGCCUCCGAGAGAAUAUUAGAGUCCGCCGGGCCGGAUACGCCUACAGACGAGUCUUCAACAAGUUCCUGCAGAGGUACGCCAUCUUGACCAAGGAGACCUGGCCUCGGUGGAGGGGUGAGGAGCGUCAGGGAGUCCUGCACCUCCUCAACUCUGUACAUAUGGACCAGGACCAGUUCCAGCUCGGCAAGACCAAAGUCUUCAUCAAAGCUCCAGAGUCGCUCUUCUUGCUAGAGGAGAUGAGGGAGAGGAAGUACAACGGUUAUGCUCGGGUCAUCCAGAAGGCGUGGCGCAAACACAUUGCUGUCCGCAAGUACGUCAAGAUGAGGGAGGAAGCAUCGGACGUCCUGCUGAACAAGAAGGAGCGCCGCAGAAACAGCAUCAACAGGAACUUUGUGGGUGACUACAUUGGGACAGACAACCAUCCAGAAAUCAGACAGUUCGUUGGCCGCAGAGAGAGGAUCGACUUCGCUGAUGUAGUGUUGAAAUAUGACCGAAGAUUCAGGUCGGUGAAACGAGACCUUAUCCUGACCUCAAAGUUCAUGUACCUGAUUGGUCGAGAGAAGGUGAAACAGGGUCCAGAUAAAGGUCAGAUCCAGGAGGUUCUCAAGAGGAAGAUCGAGCUCAGCAAGAUCCAGUCUGUUUCCCUGAGCACUCUGCAGGACGACUUCUUCAUCAUCCAUGAGGAGGAGUACGACAGCGUUCUUCAGAGCAUCUUUAAAACAGAGUUCCUCAGUCUGCUGGUCAAACGUUAUCAGGACAAAACUCAGAAGAAGCUGCCGCUCAAAUUCAACAACCUUCUGGAGUAUAAGGUGAAGAAGGGUGGAUGGGGUCCAUUCAGUUCCUCAGGAUCCAGACAGAUCCAGUUCCAGGUGGGUCAGGGAGAUGAGGCAGUCCUGAAGCCCAGUGGGAAGGUCCUCCAGGUCUCCAUUGGACCAGGUCUCCCCAAGAAUUCACGACCAACGAGGAAGGACAACCGCAAGAGUCGCUACAUGGGCAACCAGGCUCCUCCCAGCAACAACUACAGCUCAGCUCCUCGCUCCAGAGGGGGUGGAGCUCCCAGAGGUGGUUCCACCUCCUCCAGAGGCUCCCUGCUGAGGCAGCAGUCCAGCAUGGAGCAGCCCAGUCUGCCUCGCAUCCAGAACCAGCGUCGCACUGACAACCGCACUCCACAACACCAAGACAUGGGCUUCAUGGACGUUCCUGAGCAGGGCGCUGCAGGAAUGCAGCGGCGCCGGUCAAAGGAGGUGAAGCCUCUUCCUGGAGCAGGUCGACCCAAACCGGCUCCCAAACCAAAGCCUCGGUCUCCUCAGUGCAGAGCUCUGUACGCCUACGAUGCCCAGGACACCGACGAGCUGAGCUUCAACGCUGAUGAUGUCAUCGAGAUACUCACUGAAGAUCCCUCUGGUUGGUGGUUCGGCCGGUUGCGGGGCAGAGAGGGAAUGUUUCCAGGAAACUACGUGGAGAAGAUCUAGACCUUGUGUCUAAGGGCCAGAGGUCAUUGACCUGCUGCUGCAGCUGUGGUCAAAGGUCACCAGAGCUCUCAACACACCAUCUGACAGGAAACAGCUGAUUACUGAGUAUGAUGGUUUUAUUCAUAAAAAAAAAUGUCGCAGCUGUUAGUCUGCAAGUGAAUGCAUCACCCCAGAGGUCAGAGGUCAGGUGUUCCUAACUGCUGCAAAAGUAGUUCAAAUUUGACAUCAGUGUUACCAUGGAAACCACGACAAUACUCAGUUUAGUCUGACCAGCACCCCCUACAGGCUGCAGUGUUCAUUACAGGCACCACACUGUGUUCACAGAACAACAUAUUUACUUCAGCAAGUAUCUGCUGGCUUUAUAAAAGGUGUUUAAGUCUGCAGUGUUGAAGAGAGAAACAGAAACUAAACCUUAAAAUAUUAAAAUAUCAAAAUAUUUUAUUCAUGUAAAAACUGAACGUCACUGCUGAAAAUAUUAAAGAUGAAAAUCUGCAGGUUUUAACCUUUUGAUUGAAAAAUAAAAUUAAAUCUAUAAAUGAUGAAAACUAUUUUGAUAUUUCUGACAAUUUCCUGUAUCUAUCAGCCUGAUUUACUGUUUAUUUUUGCAGAGAACAAACAGCUGAGUGUUUUAUAAGAUUUCUGUUGUUUUAUAGACAUCUGUAAGAACUGAACAUGAAUAUUGUUUUAGCUCAGAGGAUCAACCAUGUGACCUUGCAACAGCCAAUAAACUGACAUUUCAGUAUCAA